CUUGUCAUCUAUCUUUGACUUUUCUUAUACCAAAUUAAUAUAAAUUAAACUUGUGCUAUGAACUAAUAAAAAUAUAGAACAACCAACUUGUAGUGAGAUUUAGAGAGAGAAAAUUAUGGAAAUGGAUAAGAGACUGUAUGAAGCUUCUCUUGAAGGAAAUGUAUCAAUUUUGAAAGCAUUAAUCCAAGAAGAUCCCUUAAUUCUUGAUAGAAUUUCCCCAACUUUCUUUCAAGACACCCCUUUACACAUUGCAACCUUACGCGGGCACUUCGAGUUUGCACGGGCCGUGCUCGGUCACAACCACCGCCUCGCCACCGAGGCUGACUCGCUCGGCCACUUGCCCCUCCAUGUCGCUUCCGCUAAGGGACACGUGGAGAUUGUCCGUGAGCUUUUACGUGUGGGUCCGGCGGGUUCCUGCCUGGCUCGUAGCAAGGAUGGGAAGUUGCCCCUUCAUUUGGCGAUCAUGAAGGGUGUCCGAGUUGAGGUGUUGACCGAGUUGGCCCGGGCGAGUCCUGAGUCAACUCGGUUAAGGGUGGAUAAGGGGGAUUAUGUGUUGCACUUGUGUGUUAAGUAUGAUAACUUGGAUGCUUUCCAACUGUUGGUGGAUUUGUUAAAGAAGGAAAGUGAUGAUAACAACUUGUUAAUAAAUGCAAGAAAUGAUGAUGGCAAUACUAUCUUGCAUUUGGCUGCUCUACACAAAAAUUUAGAGAUUACAAAAUACUUGGUAGCAACACCAGGCAUUGAACUAAAUGCAGUGAACAACAAUGGUCUUACAGCCCUAGACUUACUCGAAAAUUCGCCAAAAGACGUUAAAGGACUCGAACUACUCAACUUCUUUCUCCUUCAACCCAACUUACAACAACCAUCAACCAAUACCAACAACCAUUCUUCAAUCCCACCAUCAAAAUUAACUAUCCAACAACACAAACCAACAACAACAACAACAACAACAACAAGGCGUAAGAAGUCGCCAUGGAAGCGCUUUUUCACCUUCAAUGAUAACAACACUAAGCAUUUGGAAGACAUGAAAGGUGCAAUAUUAUUAACCGCAGCAAUAAUAGUCACAAUCAAUGCAUUACCCAUCAUCUACUUGAACGUAAACGGGCCGGAUAUACCCGACCAAUUCUCAAUAAACUCGGGUUCAUUUGUACCCGCUGUUAUGAUUAUAGUGUUGUUGGUAAGUGGUAUACCUUUAAACAACAAGUUUUGUGCUUGGUUGGUUAUACAGUUGAUGUAUAGUGCAAUCGGGUUUAUGGGUUUGAAUUACAUUGGACAAAUGAUAUCAACAGAAAGUCGAUACUCGAAACUGGAUAUAGCUCUUAUUCUAACGUAUAUUUGGUUCUUGUUGUUGAUAAUAGUCAGUGCACUGAAUAUUAUCCGGUUGGUUGUGUAUGGUGUAACGAGCAUCAAACGGUUUGUGAAGAGAAGGAAGUUGCGUGGUAGAAGAGAGAACAAUGAUUUUUCAAUUGCUUGAAUAUGUACAAUAAUGGUGUUAUUGUACAUUUGUACUAGUACUGGCUUAUUUGAGUUUUGUUUGUUUGUAAAUCUGCUCAAGUUUUCUCUGUUUUCUGAAUUGAUAGACCUGCAUGUGUUGCUUAAUGUUUGUAUGUAAUUUGAUUAAUUAAGUUGUUAAUAUGUACUCAGUGUUCAUCUUCUGUAUUAAUGCACUUAUCAUGAUUUGUGUGUC